GUCUGCUAGCUAGUCGGCUUGAGGCACUUGCACUCCUGACAGGCCCUCUCGGCCGGCUCAUACCGGCCCAGCUCGAGCGACCUGAAAAGGGCGUCUUUGGCGAACUCAUAUGCGCCGAACAUGAGGAAGCCGCCGAUGCCGAUCCACAGGACGCGCGGCACCACGCCCUUCAUGAGAUGGAACAUGGCCUCCUCCCGGACGAUCUUGACCAUCGCAUCACUGACACCCUUGUACUGACAGUGACAGGCACACAUGCACACACGGGAUGGUUGUCGAGGCUUGAGAUGGUUGGCUGGGUGGCUGACCGACCUUGAUCUUGCCUCCUUGUGUCGUGAUUGACUGUGUCAUGAUUCUCGUCUUGCACACGUCCAGGGGCGUCGUGGCCGCCCCUGCUAUCGCGCCUACAACCACACACACACACAGCAACCGACCACAGAUGACGGCCGCGUACAUUUGUGUGUGCUGUGCUCUCUAUGUCUGUGUCUGUCUGUGUGUGUGUGCGUGUGUGGCGACCUGCCAACGCCCCGCAGACAGCCGACUGCAUGGGCGAGAGCGUGUAGAUCUCAUUGGUAUACGAUGGCCGGUCCCGCAUCUUUGAGAUCUCAUAAUGAUACUUCAGCUUCUCCCUUCAACCACACACCACAGAGACCAAGCGAAUCCUUUCCCAUUUGAGUGCACUGAUGUGUGUGUGUCGCACGACCCACCGGCCGACCCACCAUAUUGCGAACUCGAAGGCGUCGAAGGGCACCUCUCUGGCAAGCUGCGCUCCAUAGCCCACAAAUAAGCCGGCCAUCCCCUGAGCGACGUAGAUCCGCGACACGGCGGCGCGUGUCGACAAAGGGCGGUGCACGCUGCACUGCAUCUGCUGCUUGACCACCUCAAAAGGCACCCGGAUAACACACGCGACCACCUGAGCGGCCGAUGCCGCCAGGAGAUGGACCACAAAAGGCGGCAGCACACCUUACUUGAGGGACAUACAGCACACACAAGGGCAGCGACCAAUCCCAUUAAUGUGCUUCGAGAGUUGAUCACUGAUCAGCACGUUCUUACUGUUUCGUUUGAGAGUGCGUUUGGUCCACUCAUAGGUGGCCCAGAAAGCAGCCGUGCCGGGGAAACUGCCGAGCAGUGUUGGCGUCAGGCCUGCAUGAGCAGCAAAUCACGCACCCACCCACUCACUUUCGCCUCCGAGCUACUACCUCUAUAGAGCGUGCGGAUCGCCCGAAGGCCGCCCUUCGUCAGAAGACUGCCCUUGGUCACCGUGGUCAUCAGCCCGCGGCUGGUCCAAUUCACCAAGUGCAAAUGCUGUGUUGGCAGCCGGGCCUGCCUCAGCGUCUUGUAGUGGUCCAGGGGAUACAGCACCUGCCAUGAGAAAAUCAAUGACAACGCAGAGAUCACAGCAAAGAUCUAUCUACAUGAGUCGGCCAUGCAUCUGUCCAUCUAUCAAUUUGUUCAUCCCUCACCGCAUCUGCAGCCAUGCCGGAGAGGCCGCCAGCUGCAAGAAUGGCUGCACACAGUCACACAGCCACACGGUGCAUCGCUUUCUGCGAAGGAUCACGUUCUGAGAAUACCAAGCAUCCGUACCAGCGUAUUCUGCAGACAUCGUGGCACAAAGUGAAGACGCUUAUCGCAACCGACUCCACGCGCAGAUCCU